UCAUGUGACUGUUCAAAAUGGCGGACGACGUUCCUGUUCAGUACAUUUUAUUAGUGUUCGGAUAUCGGUAAUGUCUGAAGCUCCAAAUCUAGACCCUGAGGUCAUUCUAUGCGUUGCUACAGAGAAUGAGGCCUCUCUUUGGAGUCGGGGUGGUGUAACAGUGGACAAUGAAGAAGAUCUUCAUUUAGACAAGUCUGAUGUUGGAAACAUCAUUUUAAGUCAUGGGACAUCAAUUAAAGAAAUACACGGUUAUUUCCUGGGUCUUGAGCAGAGGAAGUGCUGCCUGCUCUUGGCAGCCUGUAAACAGACAUUUUGCAGUGUUCGUCUGGUGCGAAACGAUGGCCGAGAUUCUGGCAUUGAAGAAGGGGCGAUGAUGAAACCAAACCAUGAACAUAAUGAGUCUGUGGUGGGGCUGGAUGCAGUAGAGUUUCAGGUGUUUAAGAACGCGCUCAAGUGUGCAGCCUAUCCUGUACUGGGUGCUCCACAACCCCCCUCCUCUGGCACCCCUAUACCUCACACUGCAGGCGAAAAACUGAGGGGAGCUGUAGAGAAAAGCCUUCCCAGGUUGGGUCUGAUCCAUGAUGGGAGCCAGUCCUUGAAGCUUGCUGGUAACAAGUCCUCGACAUUUGCUGGGAGCCAGUCUAUACGACAUGCUGGGAACAAAUCUCCGGCAUCCCAGCAGGACAGUGGAUUAGAAGACCAGGAGGACUCUGGACUUGUUCCCACGGAAACACUGUGCGAGCUGCUCCGGAGGGCCUUCCGACUCACCCAGGAGAAGUUCAAUCAUUAUGAGAAGAUCGUCACUGCUCAUAUUAAGAAGACAACACCACAGAAGGUCCUGGCAGAGGAGCUGGUCCAACAACUGAAGGCUCUGGAAAACAACCAGAACCCUUACUACAGCCCCAAGGCAUUCCUAAACCGUAUAGGUUACGACCACUGGCAGAAGAAGGAGCGAGCCCACAUCACAGAUCUGCUUAACAAGUUCUGGCACUUUAGCCUGCCAGCGCUGUCUGAUAGAGAUGCUAAGAUGCCUGACCUGCACCGUCAGUACCGGCAGCUUCUUGAGCGUCUGAUCAGCUACGAGUCACCGUACCGCCAGCAGAGUGAGCUGGUAGCGCCCGCCCCCACCUCCAACCUCUCCACCGCAUCGGGCAGACUGCUCAUGGAGUUCAGUCUUAGAUACGGUGUGGGAGAACAAUACAGGAAGAUAGUCUACCUGAAUUACCUUGCGUUGAACUUUGACCCCACCGUAUGGUUCCUGUACCAUGUGACCUCGUCACUGACUGCUGUCAUGGAAACCAUGCCUACCAAGAGGUCAUACCUGGUGAUUGUUCAAGAUGAGUUUGACAUCCUGAAGGAGACCCUGCACCUGCUGCACUGCAAGGCCUGCACUGUCAUCGCCAAGAUGAAGACACUCUACUCAGAGAGAGGAAUACGGCCCUCAGACGGCGUGGUGCCUCUGAUAGAGUUGCUGUCCCUGACACUACAGGCAACCUCCUACUUGCUGAUGGUGCCAGAGCAGUCCCUGACAACCAUUCUGACAGAUGUUGUACAGUCCAUAUUUCCAAUAGCGUAUGAGCGACACAAAAUGGUUGCCCAGGAUGAGUUGAGGCAUAACAAGUGGGAUAUAGAACUGAGCCCGAAACUGUUGAAUAUGUUGAUUGGGCACAUCAGAGAUGAAGUGUUAGACUAUAAGAGCAACUACCAGACUGUGUUCCAGAAGUAUUUCAAUAUAACAGAAGAAGCCUCAAAAGCCUUCUACCAGCUACUGAUGGCUGAUGUACAGAAGUUACUCAGUCUAACCUCACAAACAAAGAAACUGAAUGGAGAUAUCAACAGACUGAUGUUGAGUCUGGGGUACCGACUGAACCAACUGGAUCAGGACUGGAACAUGUAUAUAUCACCCUCGAUGCAGAAGUGGAGAGAGUAUUUCCAGGCUGAGUCUCUGCAGUGGGGUGUGGUACUGAAACAGAAGAUGUAUGCGUUCAUCACCUAUUGCGUAUCCAAGGAUACUUACAGAGAGUGUGAUCUGGAGUGGAGUGGUUCCCUGCAUCUGAGCAACAUAAGAAGGAGGAAGCUGAGAACCAUAUCCAAAUCUUUAACCCCAUCUCUUAAUAGUGCCUUCACCAGCCCUUCUUCUGCACAGUCUACCCCGCCUGUAUUUCUGAGUUCCAUCAGUCAACCAAAACAUGCAGCUAGGUCCAGGGAGAGAUACACGUCAACACCAGACCACAGUGAAGUCCCAGAGUUUCCAGUGAUGACCCCUGAAAUGGACUCUAUGACCCCGUUUCAGGACAGGCUCAGUACACGACCUAGUUCUGACCCUCUCAGCAUAUCACCCGGGUCAGUUUUAAAGGGGUCUUAUUUGGGAGACAUGGCAAGAUCUUUUGGUCACUAUGAUGACGAAAACCUGCUUCCAUUUGCCACUUUAAAGCACAGUAGCUCUAUGCCUGAGUUAUCAAGUCAUUCAAAAUGCAUUGAAAUAAGACCAACGUGCCAUUCUGAUUCUCGGAAACAUAUUCGACAGUCGGCCAAACGUGAUAAAAGACUAAAAAAUGACAGUUAUUCGAGGACUUCAAACAAUACAAAUGGUUCACACAUGCCUUCAGAGGGCAGCGAAACAUUAACAGAUGACUCUGGUUCCAGGAAUGGGGACUUUAGUUUUCCGCCAAUAGAAGAGAUUGGGACAUUUGUGUCCAGUGACCGAAUCAAGGAGAUCCCCGUGGUAGUGCUAUCAGAGCUGGAGAACCAGCGGGUGUUCAGCUCAAAGAGAGGUUACAUAGCAACAUAUACAGAGUCCUCUGACUCAACAGAGAGGCCCACAAGGUUACCAGUCCAUGACCACUCGGCAUUUCAUCAACCAAACAGUCUGGAAUCUGACAUGAUGGCAAGUGUGAGCCAUUCUUCAGAAAGGGCAUUUCAGCCAAUUGGAUAUCAUAACCAGAGCUAUGAACAUUAUGAUUCGUUCACUGAAUCCCUGGGCUCAAAUGUUUCAUUUCCCCGGCCAGCAGGCUUGAGUACGUCGUCAUCUGCCACCACUUUACUGAUCUCCGGCUCUGCUGUAGACAUAGUUGUGCUUCUACAGCGGGUUGUGUCGUUUGGGGAAGGCCUCUGUAAGACAUUGACCCCUGCAAGGAAUGCUUUUGAAUCUGACCAGUCCGGCCUGUCGGGCAUGCAUUCAGACGUGAAGCCCUGGGUGAUGUUUGCAAGACCUAGGCAGGGUCUUUAUGAACAGUUUCUGAAUGUGAUACGGGGGAUGGUGUGUAUCUAUGCAGAUAACAUGUUGUGUAUGGACCUCUGUGGUACAACAAGCUCGGUCGCUAAGCGACUAGCAGGAUCAUCUCUGAUAGAGUACCUACAGACUCAGCAGAACAGUGGCCUUAUCUGGGGGUGUCGCCAUGACAGCACCGGGGGACAGAAGUGCUUUGAGUACCUCAAUAAACAGACAGAGUUUCUGUGCGACAGACAUGAGCCCAUCUCACGUGAGAUGUGUAUGCGGAUCAAUAAUGUGUUCUUCAUGACAUCAUGUCUGGAAUUGUUCCAUCGUAGACUGGGUGCUGUGUUUUCCUUGUCGGGAGACCUGUCAGCAACCAGCACUAGGAACAUAGUCCAGUCCUCCAAUAGUCACUACAUGCUACGCAGCGACUUUGUGAUGGUGGAUGCAUACACCUACAAUCCGGCCAGUGACUACGAUGAGGUGAUGGAGACAGCCUCUCAGCUCUAUCAGCCCCAGGGUGGGCCCGGUACUCCCCCAGGGGUCAGCACCAUACAUGUCACCAGCGCCAUUGACGGGGAGAGGGACCAUCUGAUGGCUGUAGUGAGAGCCAUGUGUAGGACUAUGUCUUACAGGCUGAACCUGUUUGUAUCGGACGCCCUGUCGGUGCUGCUAUUGCUGAAGGCGCCCGAUGUCCCAGUGGAGGCAGGACUGAGCCCGCUCACUGAGUUCCUCUCCAACUACAUCCACGCCCUCAGGGGCUGGCUCUACAAGGACUGCUUCAGACGCGUCUUAGAGUGCCUCUGGAUCUUCAUUGUGCAGGAUUUUGAGACCGAGCUUCAAACUAUGGAAAGAACAGACAAGGACAGCAUGGCAUUCAGUCAACUCCUCCUUCAGGCAUUGGCGUGUCUGUUGAAAUUUAUGAACAAUCAACAUGCAAGCUUACAGAAAGAGCUACUUUUAUCACAAGCUGAUGAUGUAUCCUUCAAGCUCAGUCUCUACGCCAUGCCCAUAGAGCAGUUGGCAGCCCUCUACAGAAGCCUCAGUCAAGAUAGCACAAGUUCAGACUCAAGCAGCACAGACUCCAUGUAUGAAACCGUUCUCCUUGUGAGACAGAGACUCAAGUGUGACCUGCAGAGGUACAAGAAGGGGUUCAGUGGAUCAGAACUCAUACACUGGAUCCUCUCCAACAUCGGCUUGUUUGAGAACCUAGACCCUGCCCUGAAUGCCGGAGAGCAAAUGUACAAGCGAGAGAGGGCCCAGCACAUCGCACAGAGACUCAUUGACUGGGAAAUAAUAGCAGACAUUGACGGAGACUCAGGAGGACGAGACAGCCCCUUGAGCAGGUCGGAGAGUCCCUAUCCAGAGAUGACAAUCCAUAUCCAGGCCCCGGGGAAGGGACUGUGGUCUGGGGCAGCCAGCAAUACCCACACACCCAGGGAGACUCCUAAUCCUGGCGGCCUGAAACACAACCUGCAGGCGCUGUCCAGACAGUCGGGACUGAAAGCUUAUACCCCUGCGUUAAAAACAGGGCAUGGGGGUUACUUGAAAAAAGGGCCCAAUAAUAGAGAGCAGGAUGCAUCACAAAAUGGAGUUCAAGAAACAUUGCAGAAUACCAGUAGACAGUCAUUGCAUUCAGGCAUGUCUGUAGAGCCUACAUUGGUGUCAGCAUGUAUUUCCAGGGAAAAUGAUGUGCAUCCUUUACAGGGAAGGGUAGGAACAGAUGAUGAAAUGUUGCAACAAAUUGGGAAGGUUAAUUCUGCUGAAUCUGCGUUGCUAGACUCUGUAGAGUCAGCCGACUUCACCGCAAGUUACAGUAGUGUGCAAAGAAGAAUCAGUACGUGUCGAAUGCAGGGAACCCCACAAUCCCUUAUUUCAACAAUUUCUUCAGAGUCCAGAAAUACAAUAUUCUUUGAUUCAAGUUCGAGUUUCUAUUUUGUGAAGCCAUAUGUCGACGACCAGCACCCGUAUUCAUGGAAAAACCUUGAACUUCUAAAUUUAGUAGAGCAAUGCUUUCAGAAGAAAGUGAGCGCACAAUAUGUGCUGCGUAUCAUCUACAGCCGAAGGCGCACAGAUCCCCGUGUGAAGAAGUUCAUGCAGAAGGCUUCAUCAGAAAUGGUGGAGAUGAUACAGUUUGGAUCAAAAACAGAGGACCCUGCUACCUGCGUGAGCAGCUGAAGAGAGCUGUGAUCAUCAUAUGAGCUGCGUUCUGAGAAAACUGGGCAUAAUGCCUGUGCUUAAAGUGUCGUCCCAGAUUAGCCUGUACACUUUCCGCUUUUAUGACAUUUUUGUUUAAAUGAAGUCUCUUCUUAGCAAAAAUCCAAUUUAGGCGGAUAGGGUCAUCCCUGAUUAGCCUGUGCGGACUGCACAGGCUAAUCUGGGAUGACACUUUACGCCCUUGCAUUAAGCCCAGUUUUCUCAGAACACAACUCAUAUCAUCAUAUGCCAUACAAUGCAAUGUAUAGAUGUGCUGGACAACCCUAAUUGCUCAAUAUAGUGCCUGUAAUCAAAAAGGAACGAUAAAAAUACUCAAGGGCUAGGAAGACAGUCUUUGUAGUAACUAAUAAUAAGAUAAAAGAAAAUUUAACGAAAAAUAUGAGUUUUUUUAUAUUUUGUUGUUUGAUAAUUAUAUGAGGAAUAUUUUAAGGCAUUAAGUGGUGUUUUCUAAGCUUCAAAAGAAUUUUUUUUCCAAAAAUAUCUCAUUUGUUGUUGUUGUUUUUUGAACGGAGAGACAAACUAGGUAACACAUGUACCCAAGAAUGAGUUAUUGAAAUAUGCAUUCUUAAUUCACUUAUUGCUGCUCAUAUAUAUUUCUACUUGUAAAUACAAUUUUAUGUGAAUAAAAAAUAAACACUUGAGUUAUUUUGUUCAUGACCACUUGGGUAAAAGAUAUCAUUUAAGAAAAUACUUGUGUUUUUGAUAUAAUAUUUAAGAUAUUUUUACGAAGUUAUGAAACAUGUUCAAACAUGACAUGUAACCAUAAGACUCAUGUUUUAUUAUUGUAAGCUAUAAAUGUCCUAGUGUUCCUUACAUUUUGUAAAAAAAUAUCGGUAUUUUUAUAAUGAGGGCUUUUCCAGAAUACUAUCAACAGAAUUAGAUCUAUUAAUACUUAUAUUAUAUUUGGACAGUUUAAUGGAUUGACAAUUUUUGAAUGUUAUUCCAAUUUUCAAUGAAAUGUUUCCAAUGUUAAAAGUACAAAGUAAAUUUGAAUGAGAUCACUGUUGUUCAACAUAUGUACGCCAACGUUUUGUGCUCAACAUCAGAAACACUUUGUGUUAGUUUAUAACUAUGUUGAUUAGAUCAUGUCUGGUGGCAUGAUACCCUUUAUUCAUACCUUUCUAAUCCUGGCAUAAACACAAUAAAAUGAGAUGACCCCUAUUAAUUUUCAGGUCACUAGGUCAAAGGUCAAGGUCACAGUGACUCGAAACAGUAAAGUGGUUUCCUGAUGAUAACUCAAGAAUAAUUUGGCCUAGGAUCAUGAAACUUAAUAGGUACAUUGAUCAUGACUGGCAGAUGACCCCUGUUGACUUUCAGGUCACUAGGUCAAAGGUCAAGGUCACAGUGACAAAAAACGUAUUCACACAAUGGCUGCCACUACAACUGACAGCCCAUAUGGGGGGGGGGGGUGGCAUGCAUGUUUUACAAACAGCCCUUGUUUAAGCUAAAUGUUGGUUAAUAGUGUAUUUAAAAAAAGUGCAACAUAAAUAUCACAUGCUGUAGUAGCAAUGUUUUGUUGUAUCUUUUUGCAAAAGUGCUUUGCACAAAACCGUAUUAAAAUAUAUAGAGAGAAAAAUAGCAGCAUAAUCAGGAUGAGCGAAUAAUUGAAGAAUCAUGAACUUAUAAACCGUUGUCAAGGGAUCUUAACAAGUGAAAUCAACUAUAUAAAUUUCUUUGUACAUGGGGCGAUCCAUCAUACUAUUGUGGAGUUCAUAUCUAUUUCGGUACUUUUUUUAUAUAUCAUAUUUCUGUACCAAAUGUCACUUAGAUAAUUAACAUUCCUUGUAAAAUUUAGUUUAGUUUAAACCUAAUUAUUUUAGCUCGAUUGCAUCUUAAGCCUCAGGCUUAUUGAAAUGCUCUCGAGUCCGUUUUCUGGGCUUAGAACCAGUACUUGGUGUCUUUGGGGGGAGAUCUAAAGAACGCUCUCACAGUGGGAAUGGAGCCCGUGAUCUCCUGGUGGCUAGGGGGAUACCAUAUCCAUUACACCAUGGCGACUGGUAAAAUUUGGUUACACUGAUGUGCCUGAAAGCACAUUUAAGCAUUUUGUCUGCUAUAUUCUGGAAUAGCCCUUGUACAUGUAUGCAUGUAAAAUCAUGUAUGUACAUGAAUGAGUUAUACAUGGAGCAAAUUUGUCCUGUGUUUUGAUUGUUUUCAAUAUAGUUGUUGGCAUUGUAUCUGCUGUUAAUCUAUGUGACAAUUAUCCCCUCAUAUCAGUGAAACAUAUACAUUUAACACAAGUAUAUCAAUGACCUGUAUUAAAUAAUAUAAUACAACUGGCAACUACAUGCAUAUUAAUCAAGUAAGCACUUUUUAGCUCACCUGAGCACAACGUGCUAAUGGUGAGCUUUUGUGAUCGCCUUUUGUCCGUCGUGCGUUGUCCGUCGUGUGUUGUCCGUUGUGCGACGUCAACAUUUGCCUUGUUCACUCUCUAGAGGCCACAUUUAUUUUCCAAUCUUCAUGAAAUUUGGUCAGAAGAUUGGUUUUAAUGAUAUCUUGGAUGAGUUCGAAAAUGGUUACGUUUGCUUGAAAAACAUGGCUGCAAAGGGGAGAUGGCACUUUUCCUUAUAUGGCUAUAUAUGGCUAUAGUAAAAUCUUGUUAACGCUCUAGAGGCCACAUUUAUUGUCUGAUCUUCAUGAAACUUGGUCAGAAGAUUCAUCCCAAAAAUAUCUUGGACGACAUCAAAAAUGAUGCCGGUUGGUUGAAAAACAAGGUCGCCAGGGGGGUGGGGCAUUUUUCCUUAUAUGGCUAUUGUAAAACCAUGUUAACACUCUAGAGGCCACAAUUAUUUUCCUAUCUUCAUGAAACUUGCUCAGAAGAUUUGUCCCACUGAUAUCUUGGAUGAGUUAAAAAAUGGUAACCUUUGCUUGAAAAACAUGGCUGCCAAGGGGCGGGGCAUUUUUCCUUAUAUGGCUAUUGUAAAAUCUUGUUAACACUCUAGAGGCCACAUUUAUUGUCUAAUCUUCAUGAAAUUUGGUCAGAAGAUUGGUCUCAGUGAUAUCUUGGAUGAGUUCGAAAAUAAUUAUGUUUGCUUUUAAAAAAUGGCUUCCAAGGGGCGGGGCAUUUUUCCUUAUAUGGCUAUAGUAAAAUCUUGUUAACACUCUAGAGGCCACAUUUACUGUCCGAUCUUCAUGAAACUUGGUCAGAAGAUUCAUCCCGAUAAUAUCUUGGAUGAGUUUUAAAAUGAUGCCGGUUGGUUGAAAAACAUGGCUGCCAGGGGGCGGAGCAUUUUUCCUUAUAUGGCUAUAGUAAAACCUUGUUAACACUCUAGAGGCCACAUUUAUUUUCCGAUCUUUGUGAAACUUGGUCAGAUUUGUCCCAAUAAUAUCUUGUUAUCUCAGGUGAGCGACUUUGGGCCUUUCAGGCCAUCUUGUUGUCCUACUGUUAUAAUUUAUACUAGUUACAACUUGAAGCUUUUUAAAAUAGGAUUUAUGCAACUUAUACGCAACAAAGGAUGGCCUUUUUUUCUCGUCAUAGUAUAUGAAUAUACCAGUGUUAUAUAAUGUACAUGUAUGGCUGUAUUUAAAACAACACUUCUGUGUUGCUUUUAUCAUUGAUUAUUUGUUGUUUCUUGAUGAUUAUGGUCAUCUGUGAUACAAAACUGUGAUAUUUGUUACUGUCAUUGUUUAUUCUAUCGUGAUUUUAUUUCAUUUUAAAUAGGCAUACUUUAGUAUAUACUCAUUUGACAUGCAUGUAAUCAGAAUUUAUAUAUUUACAUGUAUUUAUGACAUAAGAUUUAGCAUAAUUUAUUGUUAAUGUGAAUAGUUUUCUGUAAGUGAUUUUCAGGUUUGAGUCGUCAUUUUUGUGUGAUUAGUAGGUAUAAAAUUUAAUAUUCUGCAAUGGAUGUUUUCAUUUUAUUAAACAAUACAUUCACUGGUCGAAUUACCCUUUUAUAAAAUUUCAGUUAUCAAAGUGUUUUCUUACUUUUAAGUAUGAAUUUAUACCCAUACAUCUGUACCCCAACACUUAGGAUGCUUUCAUCUCAUUCAGAGUUGUAUUAUUCUUAAAAUCAAAUGUAUAUUUCUAAAAUCAUGUAAGCAAACGGUACAUUUAAAAUUCAUUUGAAUGUAAGGUGCCUUGGAACUAUUUUGAUAAUUCUCAGUCAGAACAAUCAGGUGUGUUUUCAGUGAUUUCUGAAGCUGCAGCACAUAUUCAUGGCAAUAUUUUUGUUAUUGUCAUUAUUUUGAAAUUCAUGCACAUCGAAUAAGUUGACAAUUAGUUCACCUAAUUAUAUCUUUGUAGAACAUUCCAAAACAAUGCUAGAACAUUCCACUGAAUCGCAAAAGACGAUUCAAUAUAAGAUUUGCUUGUGUGCAAUAUUUGUUGCGUAGAAUAGGUGUUUGCAAUACUAUUUACGUUCCUUGUCUUUUUGUAUUUGUUUACCAUUGGAAAUAAAAUAACUUACAAACACAAA